AUGUUUGCGAUUAGAUGGGGAUUCGCCCAUAUCGAUGAGAAAGUCUUCAGAAAAACGUACAGAGCGUUUGCUCGGUCCCACCUGGAGUAUGCCGUCCAGGCCUGGCGUCCGUGGUUUAAGAAGUAUUAUCUGCACCUGGAACGAGUGCAGGCGGGGGCUACGCAGAUGAUCAAGAAUCCUGGUCCCCUGCCUUACCAAGUCAGACUGGCUGAACUAGAUUUGUUUGCUCUCGAUGACAGGCAAUUACAUGGUGACCCCAUUCGAACCUACCGGAUUGUCAGAGACCGUGAGUGUGUCCUAAAAUUUGACGGUUUCUUCGAAUUGGCUCGAGCGGAUCAGCUUUUGGGUCGUCCCUUUAAAUUGCUACGUUGUGUUAGUAGCGGCAGUUUGCAACUGGCUCACACAUAUCGCUGA